UUAUUAUUAUUAUUAUUGUCUGUCGGUGCCUUCCUUCCAUAGUUCCAUUCAUUCUUCGUCUUCCAAACCACACUCCUAUACAGUACCCCUCCACUCCAGUACCAAGCUAUGUAAUAUUACUAAAUACUAAUCCAAAUACUCUUCUUCUUCUGUAGCUUCGAUUAAUUGCCUGCUACUACCGGAGCCCGAAUCACGAUGAUGAGAGCGCCAUUACUGGAUUUCUCUUCUCCUUCGACCACUACUCAUUCUUCUCCGAUACGAACGCCGGACUCCACUACUUUGCAGUUCUAUUGUCUUCCUCCGCCUCACCUUCUGACCACUCUCUUGCAAAAGGAGGAUCUUUCACUACUCGAUGCUACGCCUCCUCUACCAACUUCCCAAUCCCACCUCAUUUCCCCAUCCCCUUCUUCUAUGGAACUCAUGAAAGAGAUAACCAGACUUGAGGUUGAAAUACUUCAAUUGGAGCGUCAUCUUCUUUCUCUUUACCAGAAAGCUUUCCAACAGCAUCUUCCAGUUCUGAUAAGAGAUCGGGGAACUUGUAGUAACGAUAAGAUGGGACCACACCUGCAAGCUACCGAUAAUCAUCCAUGUUACAAACUGGAUUGGGCUCUCUCACAAAGUGAUUCUAACCAUCGCCAUCAAAUCCUCCCUUCAAAUGCAUUGACCUGUUCAAGUUACCAUAUAAAAGCUGCUCCAAGGGCAUCAUCUAGAAAGGAGAAACCACAGGUGGAUUCUGUGCACCGUAGCCUUGCAGAUCAUCUUGGCACUUCUCUCAUGGAUGAUGCCCUUGAUUAUCCCAAUAGAUUGUCCGAAGAGAUCGUCAGAUGCAUAUGUUGUAUUUACUGCAAAUUUUCUGAUCCAGCUCUUCCUCAAAAAGGUCUUUCAGUAUCUUCUAGUUCAUCGUUGUCCUCUUCUAGCACAUUUUCUCCCAGAAAUAUUUCUGGUGGUUGGAGUCCUCAAUUUGAUGAAGAACCUAAAGGGUACAUUGAAGGCCUAAAAGAUGAGGCUGGUCCAUAUGCCGCAACAAUAGAAGUGUUAAAGAUACGUCUUGAUGAUCAGACUUUCCAGUCACUAGUUAAGAGUCUUGAAACUAUUGACCCAAGGAACAUGAAACGUGAGGAGAAGCUUUCAUUUUGGAUAAAUAUUCACAAUGCCUUGGUCAUGCAUGGUUAUUUAGCAUAUGGAACUCAUAAUUUUGUGAGAAGCUCUUCGAUCUUAAAGGCAGCUUAUAAUGUGGGUGGACACUGCAUAAAUGCUCAUACUAUACAAAGUUCAAUUUUAGGAAUCCGGUCACACUACUCAGCACCGUGGCUACAGACACUGCUGAGUCCAAAGAAGAAGCUUAUGACCGGGAGUGCGAGGCACACUUAUUCCCUUGAAUACGCAGAACCUCUAGUUCAUUUUGCGCUUUGUUCGGGGUCAUGCUCCGACCCUCCGGUUCGAGCGUACACGGCAAAGAAUGUAUUUCAGGACCUAAAAGUUGCCAGAGACGAGUUCAUACAGGCGAGUGUAUACAUCCAAAAAGAAACGAAGGUAUACCUGCCAAAACUAGCGCGUCACUUUGCAAGGGAAAUGUCACUAAGCACGAGUGGACUGCUGGAAAUGGUCUGUGCAUGUCUUCCGGAGCUUCAGCAGAAAGCUAUCAGAACAUGCAUGAAGGGUAGAGCUGACAAGUAUAUCUAUUGGGUACCACGCAGCUCAGCUUUUCGAUAUCUAAUCCGCAAGGAGGUAGUCCAAGGAGGAUACCCGUUGAAUUGACAAAAAGAAAGAGCGCCAUUUGUUUUUUUUUUUUUUUUUUCUAUUGGUUUGUUUGUAAAUGAAGGAUCGCGAAUAAAUGGAAUGAUUUCGCGUUGUAUAGAAAGAUGCAAAUGGUUUAUAGUUCUUGACUUCUUGGCUUUCCCCUC